UCUACGUUUGUGUGGGGCGGAGAGCUGGAAAGUUGGUACAGUGUGUGCACAGUUGCUAAACAAAGUGGCCAUACGGCUCAUUUUUCAGCGACCUGGCUGAUAACUGUAACGCGUUGAUGCGUGUUCUGUGUUCAGAUAUGCCUUCUUGGAAAAGUGAAAAACAUGCUUCACACAGCUUCUGGAUGCAGUUUAUCGAAGCUCUGGUGGUUUUCUCUCUGUGUGCCAAAAUAUGUGGAUGCUCUGACGUAGAUGAAUUGAUGUCCACAUAUCCACUGAUUGAUGGUCACAAUGACCUCGCUCUCCAGUUGAGGAUUCGUCACAACAACUACCUAAGCCAAGUUGACCUUCGUAACCUCUCCAAAGUAUCCACAGACAUAUCCCGUUUCAAAGCAGGGCAUGUGCAGACACAGAUGUUUGCUGUCUACGUACUGUGUGGUGCUCAGCAGAAGGAUGCUGUGAGGCUUACUCUGGAACAAAUAGAUGUGGUGAGACGUAUGUGCACUGAGUACCAGGAGUUUGAACUGGUCACAUCUCUCCAGGAGCUAAAAGAUUCUAAGGACAAGGGUAAGAUAGCCUGUUUAAUAAGUAUCGAAGGAGGCCACUCUAUUGACAGCAGCCUUCCCGCCCUGCGGAUGUUUUACCAGCUUGGAGUCCGCUCCAUGGGUCUCACGCAUUCUUGUAAUACACCCUGGGCUGAAUCAUCCUCAACUUUUUACCCUGUAUAUAAGAGGGAGAAUAACAGCCUGACAUCCUUUGGGAAGGUCGUAGUCGAGGAGAUGAACAGACUCGGAAUGAUAGUGGACCUCUCCCACACCUCGUGGAACACAUCCUUUGCUGUUCUGAGUCACUCUAAGGCUCCGGUUAUUUUUAGCCAUUCCUCUUCCUACUCCAUAUGUAACCACAGCCGCAAUGUUCCUGACAGUCUGCUACUUGAACUGAAAAAGAACCAAGGGUUGAUCAUGGUGAAUCUCCACAACACAUUUGUUUCCUGCAGAGAUGAGGCUAACAUCUCUCAUGUGGCUGACCAUUUUGAUUACAUUAAGAAAUUGAUUGGAGCUGAAUCGAUAGGAAUUGGAGGGGAUUAUGAAGGUGCUACAAGCUUCCCUCAUGGGUUAGAGGAUGUCUCAAAAUACCCAGCCCUAAUCCAGGAACUGCUGAGAAGAAACUGGACUGAGAAUGAGCUGGCUGGUGUCCUUCGACAUAACUUCUUGCGUGUGUUUGAACAGGUUGAGAGGGUCCGUGAUCAGUUGAGUUCAAAUCUACCAAGUGAGGUCCAGAUUCCAUUUGAAGAGGCACACAACCCAUGCAGGCUAGUCCUUAGACGUCCAGACCCAAGAAGCCUGCCCUCAGAUCAGUCCUCUGGAUCAGAAGGUGGAUUACCUGGUCUGUUAAUCCUUGCCACAGUUCUGGUGCUUUCCAGAAUAUUUUUGAUUGAAUGAAUAUUAACAAUCUCAGUUCAGCCGUAUCAUUCUUUUGAAGUUGUAUAGAAAGGAGUACACAGAAAGGAGUGUCACAGUGCUGCACAUCAGUGGAGAUUAGGAGGAAUUUAAUGACUUUAAUGUCUAACCUCAUUUUUGCUAUAAUUAAAAUGCAAACUCCUGUACAUACGUUAAUCGAUUAAUUAAAAAUUCAGAAGAUGUCUGAA